AAAGGCAAUACCGCCUUUCGGCUGUGAUGUUUCAACUGUCACGGCUAGCAUAACAAAAGCGAACAUUGUUAUCUUUUAAAUGCUUUGGAAAGCUAUCUUCAAACAAAGCAGUUAAAAAGUACGAUUAGCAUUCUAAUGUCAAAUUGUCUGUUGAAAGGAAAGGAGCAAUUCCAUUUGUAGAAUAUGUCUGGAACGUCAAGAAGAAGAAAGCGCAAGAGGUCUACCAAGGAAGACGAGGGAUCCAAAGAUCAACGGAAGGAUGACACAUCCAAGAGAAAGGACAAUGAAAACCGAAGUUCUAGUCAAUGUACAAAACACACAGAAGGUACUGCUCGUGUCGAAGAAGAAAGUCGCCAAAUCAAAAAGGCUGUCUACAAACUCCAUACUACGGAAGAAACAGACAAGAGACGGGUGUCUCAGGCAGAUGUGGCCAACAAAGCGGAGCCUCCAAUUGCAAACAAAGAUAAGGUCACCAGUGGUAGUCAAAUAAAGCAAAAGAGUCCAUCAAGAUCCUGGCACAUCAGAAAGCGAGCUAGAGAUGAUCGGAAAGAAAAAAAAGACUCCAAAUAUGAUUCCGACGAAAAGUCUCACUACGUGAGCCCGCCUAGACUAAAAAAGAAGCAAACGAGUCCCAGUCACGUUUCAGCUGAGCAACGAAAACAGUGCCAGGAUUUGCUGAAGAGUAAAUGCAAAGAAUUGCACAAGAACCAGGAAGAGAGCAAAACUAUCAAGACCGAAGAACAAAGCCAGACCCUUCCUGACGCCAAGGACUCGAUCAGGGACAAGCAAACAGAGAUAAUCCAAGAGACCUCUAAGAAAAGUCCGCAACUGUCCAUGAAAGAAAAAGGAAUCUUGGAUAGAAGGAAAUCCGAAGAACAGUUUUCUCAUUCAUCCAAGCCCAAAGUGUCCUUUAAAAUCGCUAAGGCGUCAAUCGCUCGGCCCAAAAUACCAACGAUUCUACAUUCUGGUUUCAAGAUUCCAAAGAAGGUUGAACCAGAGCCAGUGGAGGCAAACACAAAAGACAACAAGAAUGAUGUUACGGCUACAAGCAGGACAGCCACAUGUGUGAGUGAACACAGUGUUUCUGAGGCAGCCGCAAACUGCUUGAAACAUGCUCAUCAUACCUGGGGGGAAAAAGACAAGAGUUCAUCUUUGUUACACGUCCCUCCCACUACAAGUGAUGUCUUGGCACAGCAGAUGCAAGUGGCAGAAGAGCUUCACCUUGCCCGCUCUGAGAAGAGAUUAGAGGUGGAUGUAAUGCAGAGCUAUGGAGAGCUCACCUGUAUGGAUAUAGACCCCCCAGAAGAGAGCGCGACAAGUACUCUCUGUGCACAUCCUGCUCAGCAAAAUGUCAUCCUUGUUCUGGACACCAAUAUUCUCCUUAGUCAUUUGGAUUACGUGAAAAAGAUGCCGCAACGGGGCCUCGGAGCUUUGGGUUUGCCAAUUGUCCUAAUCCCCUGGGUGGUGCUUCAGGAGCUGGAUUCUCUCAAAAAGGGGAAGGGCCUCAGAAAUUCGGUGGCUCGUCUGGCUUGUCCCGCCAUUUCCUAUAUCUAUAACUCUCUGAAAAGGCGAGAAAGACACCUUUGGGGGCAGUCAAUGCAGCAGGCUGCUGAAAGUAACCAUAGUCUUAUGGCUGAGAAUAACGAUGACAAAGUGCUGCAGUGCUGCCUUCAGUAUCAGAGUUUGUACCCCGACUGUGCUCUCAUUCUGUGCACAAAUGAUAAAAAUCUAUGCACCAAGGCUGUCCUUAGCGGAGUGCAGGCCUUGAGCAAGGCCGACUUGGAGGCAGAGGUCGAGAGAUCACGGCACAACCCGAAGCACCUACAAAGCAAUGUGCUCCAGAGGCUUCCUGAAAUGGGCGCGCCAAUGCCCCCGCUAAUGCCGGGAGGCGGUUGUACAGCAGCGCCGUCGCUUACUCAAGAGCGUCUGUCUUCAUGUCUCCCAAAGGAAGAUAGCAAAAGCCCCAGAGUGGAAGAGGUCAAGAAUAUAGAAAGAUGUGUCUCUGAGCUCAAGGGCUGCCUGCAGGAGGUGCUGUCCAAUGUGCUCGAGAUGGAGAUGAAAGCUUCUUACGGUGAUUUAUGGCAAGAGAUCGUCUACAUCAAGCCACCCUGGGAUCUUCUUGACAUUUUACAUUGUUUGAAAAAGCACUGGAUAGCUGUAUUUGGCUUCAUUGUCCCACGACCUUUGCUGCAAACGGUUAUAAAGCUCAUCGACUUCUUUAAACGAGGUCGAUCUAGGGACCGUGGUUCUAUUUUGGUGACUAUUCAAGAAGCAAAGGAGUUUGUCAAGGAAUUUCGGAAAAGGGUCAGCCUGGUUCCCGGGGCACUAACUGCAAUGAACAACAUCAUCCAGAAGCUACAACCUCAGCCUGACUCAGCCGUCAGUGAUGUUGUAAUGAACGAGGAUGACGAAGCCAAACGACCACCGUCCUCUCAUGUCCCUCACCAAGAGGUCUGGGCCAUGUUUGAGAACAUUUGGUGUAAAGUCUGUGAAAUAAGCAUGGAAGUGUUCAAAGCUCUGGCCUUUGACCCUCAUAGCCGACAGAGUGCCUUGUCAGUUGGAGGUCCUGCUCCACCACAGGAUGCCGUCGUCUGCCUGAGCCAAAUAUCCUCCAUGGUCUCGCAGCUGCUCCAAGCCUUUAUCGGUGUUCUGUGCUCUUCUGCCGGUUUGCGAGAAGUGCAGGAGCUUCUCAGCACCAUCAGAUCCAAUAAGAUGGUCGAUGUUAAUUUCCCACUGGCGGACACGGACCUACUCUCUUGUUUCUCACAAACAGACUAUAGAGAGAAACUGAGCGUUGGUGUGAACCAACUGACAGAGCUAAAGGAAGCCUUGGACCACUGUGUUCAGACCACAACUCAGCACGUCAACCUAAACAUGUAGCCUUCACAGGACCAGCUCACCACUCAGGUUUGACUGACCAAUGUUAAGAAUAUGUUCAACUGUGGGAGUGCUUGGUGUGUUUGCAAUGAGCUCAAAAAGGCAAGCCAAAUCCCUCCGAAUCUAAAGUGCGUUAUAAAUAUAAUUUAUUAUUAUUAUUGGUUUGUUGUCCUUGUUCUCCAUCCACAAUAUUUGUUUAUAUUAGUUCUUUUAAAAAAUGUGCAUAAAGUAAUAUCAGUUACAUUGGAAUGUUUAUGUGGACAAAAACGCAGUACGGGAAGUUUCGCAGGACUUUUGUAUUUUUGAAUGUGCUUUUGUUGAUUUAAAUACAGAUGAACCUUGAUUUUAUGCCAAA